AACAGAGCCCCCAUUCUUUGUUAUCGCAACACACACCCCCGGUCCUCUCUCUCUCUCAAGCACAUCCACCACUCGAACGCAUCUUUCUCUGUUCUAUAAUUAUAUCACAGAUCUUACCUAUACGCACACCUAUUUUCUCUCUCUAAUUUAUGGCUGACACGCAGAGAAGAUCCUCCGGCAGCAGGCGCCAGUCUAGCCGCCUUCAACGGCGGGCACCGGCGUCGAUACAGAUCUCCCCUGCUUCUGAUUGGAAUAUCGCCAUCCCUCUCUUAUCACCGUUGGUCACAUCGCCUUCGUCCCCAAAAUCAAAAGAUCGGACGAUGGAGAUGAGAUCUUCGACUGCAAACAAGGAGGAAUCGAAGAAGGAACAGAUUAAUCAUCGUGUGAUGGAGCCAGAGAAGCCGAUGGUGUUCCAGAAAUGGCAGCACCCGGCGGCUCCGUUCUGCUACGAGCCGGCUCCUCUGCUUCCGUUUAUUUGUACGGCAGGCGGAAAUAGAUCGUAAUUAUUUGUAGUUCAUAUAUUUAUAUAUAGCCAUCAGAUUAUGUAUGUAUCAUUUUUGAAAGGGAAGGGUUUGUAAAUUUGUAUAGACUGUGAAGUGUUUACAAAUUUAAUGUAUUGAUAUAUGUACUAUUUUUGCCCUUCUCUGGAGAAAUUUUUUUUGAAUACCCAAUCGAUUGAUACAGUUGUUUCUUAA